ACCACGCGACAGUACUUCAACUGGUCUCGUUGAUUUCAGUUCUGCUGUUCGAUGUUACUUUUGAUUUUUUUUUUUCGGUAUAUGACUUAAGUUCUAAUGUUACAGUAGUGAAAAAUAUUAAAGUAAAUAAAUACAUUUUUGACUUUUAAAAUGUUUUCAAAAUCACUUCAGUUAGUAUUGUGUUUAACCAUAAUUUUUAACGAAUGUGGAGCUCUAACAGUAUCAAGAAAUGCAGAAUUUCCACCUUUAUUUCAAUCGACAUGGGGGUACAUGGAAGAAACUUUAGAAUGGGAAGCAAAGGAACCCAUAAAUAUAGAAAAAGUUUUUUCAGAAUAUGACUUUAUCGUAAUUGGUGCUGGAAGUGCUGGAGCAGUAGUAGCUAGUAGAUUGUCCGAAAUUAGAAAAUGGAAGGUAUUAUUAAUCGAAGCUGGAAAAAAAGCAAUACAUUUUAUGGAUGUACCCAUAACAUCUCAAUUGUUACAAGCCUCGGAAUACAACUGGAAGUAUAGGACUAUACCAAUGAAUACAUCUUGCUUAAGUUUCGAAGAACAACGUUGUAAAUUUCCCAGAGGAAAAGUAAUGGGCGGUAGUAGUGUAUUGAACUACAUGAUAUAUACACGUGGUAAUAAAAAGGAUUACGAUAAUUGGGCAAACAUGGGUAAUGCAGGAUGGAGCAACGAUGACGUAAUGAAGUAUUUUCUUAAAUCAGAAAACGCUAACCUAUCUACCUCUGAUGUGAACUAUCAUAGGUAUAAUGGGUUGUUGUCAGUGACAGACGUACCGUUUAGGACACCCAUAGCAAAAGCUUUUGUGGAUUCUGGAUCACAGAUAGGACUGCCCGUCAUCGAUUUGAAUGGGAAAAACCAAAUCGGGAUUAAUUAUAUACAGGCUACCAUGAAGAAAGGCCGUCGUUAUAGUACAAAUACAGCUUUUUUGUUUCCAGCUAGAAAGAGAUCGAACUUACACGUGAAAAAGCAAAGUACAGUAACACGAAUAAUGAUAGAAAAGGAUACAAAAAAGACAAUAGGAGUGGAAUUUGUAUCGAACCGUAAAAAAUAUAGAGUGUAUGCACGCAAAGAAGUGAUUGUUUCUGGCGGAACUAUAAACUCGCCACAGUUACUCAUGUUAUCGGGGAUCGGACCGAAAGAACAUCUGAAAGACAUAAAAAUCCCGUUGAUAAAAGACUUGCCGGUUGGUGAAAAUUUGAUGGAUCACGUGGCACUGGGAGGUUUGAGCGUUUUGGUAAACGAUACCAUCUCAUUGAAAACCGAACGGUUACUGAAAAAUCCGUUUAAUAUGUACGACUAUACGGCGAAUAACAACGGUCCGUAUACAAUACCGGGCGGUGCGGAAGCCUUAGCGUUUUUCGAUUUAGACCGACCGGGAUUCCAGGACGGACACCCGAACUUGGAACUGCUAUUAAUUUCGGGCCUAUUUUCAGACAACGAUUACACACAUAGGCUGUUCGGUUUGAAAUCCGAAAUCUACGAUAAAGUAUACAGGAAAACCGAAAACAUGGAUGGCUUUACGGUGUUUCCGAUGAUUAUGCGACCGAAGAGUAAGGGCCGCCUGUGGCUAAAAGACGCAAACCCGGCCCACUAUCCACUGAUCGAUCCCAAUUACUUUGCGGACGAAGCGGACUUGGACGUGGCCGUAGCCGGGGUGCGGAUUUUCCAACAGAUGUUGAAAACCGACGCGAUGAAGAAGCUCAACGCCACGUUGUUCGACACCCCGUUGCCCGGUUGCGCCCGGCACAAGUUCGAUUCCGACGCGUACUGGAAGUGCUCGGCGAGACAAAUAAGUUUCACCAUCUAUCACUUGUCGGGCACGUGCAAAAUGGGACCGGUGGGUGACCCCACGGCUGUGGUGGAUCCCAGAUUGCGCGUACACGGCGUAAAAGGCCUGAGAGUCAUCGACGCGUCGAUAAUGCCGGAAGUACCGGCAGCGCACAUCAACGCUCCGACGAUUAUGAUCGGCGAAAAGGGCGCGGAUAUGAUUAAAGAAGACUGGGGUAUUAGAAUAUAGUACUGAUUGUAUCAUAGAUUGAUUAGUCAAAUUUGUUGUACAUACCUACUUCAUUAUCAUUUAAACAAUUAAUGUGUUCAAUCGUCCUCGAAUAGUGUAUACAUACCUAUUUUGUAAUUUUAUGCGACUACUAUAGAUACCUGUCUUUUCCUAAGAGAAACAACUUUUAAUAAUAAUCGUAAUACCCGGUAUCCGGGUGGCUGAUUUAACUGAUAUACGCUAUAUAGUACCUACAUACUUGUAUUAUAUACUCGUACAACGAAAUACCUACAACAAACAAGCAGACCAAUGUUUUAUUAUUUAUUAUACAGAAUACGGCUUGAGUGCCUUGAUCGGUUAUAGUAUAUGCUCGUGAUGUAUCAAGGCUCACAGCAUUCAACAAACCCGUUUUAAUUUAAAUCGAUCCGUAUUUAAUAUAAUUAUAUUCAGAUCAGUAGAAUAGUAGAUACAUGCGAUUUUAAAACAAAGGCUUUCUAUAUCUAGACGUAUCUCAUAAUUGACGAAAAAUUAUUCACAAAAAUGUAAAUAACAAUAAUUAGUCUUUGUUUUUAAAGUAAAGUUUUUUUACGUCAAUUCUCAUAUUAUCUUCAAAUGUGCAUUUGUACUAUAUCUAAUACCUAGGACUAGUCUAAAAUUACAAAAUCCAAUUAAAACAUUAUAAAAUUUUCAAUUUCGAAAAACUCGUGUCUAAUAAAAAUCAAUGCUUUUAUGGCACAAGUUUUUAAUACUGUCUAUAUAGAGUUAAAAUGUUGCACAGAUAUUUUUUCUGAGUAUUUAAACCGAUUUAAAGUGUGUAACCGAACAUUUCAAAACCAAAUACUAAAAAUCAAUAUGCAUUAUUUACUAUAAAUUGGUCAACUGAAACUACAUUUUAUUUUUAAGAAAUAACUUAAAAUUUUUUUCUAAAUUAAAGCUAAAAACGCACAAACAUUGCAUUAUAUAAUUCAAACAUUGUAUCAUAAUUGACAAACUAUGACCAUGCCGACCACGGAAUUGAGAACAAUUUUUCAGCAUAUAAAAUAAUUAUUAUUAUACAUAUAUAUUGUAUGUAACUAUAAUUUAAAUAAUUGCAUUGUUAUUUUUCUGUAGACUUAUAUUUAUAAAUUGAUAUUUGUCGACUAUUGCCUCUAAAUUAUUGAAAGUUACCUGUCGCACACUGUAAGUUAGGUCUUUUAUUUAUUUCAAUAAUAUAACAACAAAACUUUAUUAGUUCUGAUCAGUUAAUCAGUACCAACUAAAGAGUUUCUUCACUACUAAUGAACAACAUUUAUUACAGCUACAGCCUUUGAAAUUAAGUUUUAAAAAACUGCUUUAUCAUCAAAAUUAAAAACUAAGAUCUAAGAUGAUGUGUCGUCUCUGUUUUACAAGUACGUAAAAUAGCAAAUUAUGCUCAGCAGAUCAUAUUUAGCUCCGUUAGUUUAAAAAUUAGAGUGUAUCGAUCUACUAUGAAACUUGAUGGUAAGACAAUUAUCCGUGUUUUUAUAUUGGUUAUUUACGAUAGUUCAAUUUUUUAGCAAGUUAUGCGUAUAUAACAUAGUGUAAAUAAAAAAUGCUCAUAACUCACUUAAAAACUCAAUAAUCGUAUAAAACCAACAUACAAACACAGAUAAUGUUCUUACUAUGUAUUAAGUUUCAUAAUAGGUCGAUUCAAUCUAAACUAACGGAGCUAAACGUGAUCUGCUGAGUAUAAAUUUGCUAUGUUUCGUACUUGUAAGACGAAGACAACACAUGCGGGUGUUACGGCUUCUUAAUUCAUUACCUAUGUUAAACAUGUAAAAUAUAAAUAAUUAUUCUUUUGAAUAACUGAAUCCAUAA